CACGUGCCAGUAUUUUUAAUAGUGUGUUUAAUUAAUUCUCGAUUUUGAAGCCGAGAAGAAAAAAGUCGUCUGUGAGCCUUUAUUGUGAAAUAUCAAAUAAUACAAUGCCUAGACGUAAAAAAGGAGGAGAUCUUGCCAGUUCUGCAGCGAAACGGCGGAAACAAAAAGAACAUAGAAGAAAUGAAACGGAAGAAGAGCGCGAAGCACGUUUACAAAAUCAACGAAUUAGGAUGAGAACUCUGAGAAGCACAAAAAAUGAAGAAAGAAAAGAGAACGAAAGUAUAGAAGAAUCGAGAAUUUUAAAAGAUAAUUUAACAAAGGAAGCAUUCCACUACGAACCGACGAAAAAAUAUUACAAUCAUAAGCAUGUUGUGAUCGGAAAAAUGGAUAACAUUUGCCAAUUUUGCCACGCGAAAAAAUUCAGUAAAGAAACAGCAGGUCUCUGUUGCAUGAAUGGAAAAAUUCGACUACCACCACUGGAAGCACCUCCACAGGAAUUUCUACAUUACAUGACCGGGGAAACACAAGAAUCAAAACACUUUCUUCAAAAUAUAAGAUUAACCUCAAAGAACCCUGCUUCUCUCACGGUCAGCUAUAUGUAGCUUGCUCAAGGGUAGGAAAUCCGAAAAAUCUAUAUAUAUACUCCAGACAAUAAAAUGAAAAACGUUGUUUAUAAGCAAAUAGUGUAAAAAAUGAGCGAAUGUUUUCAAUAAAUUUUUUUACUAUUA